UGAUGGUGACAAGCGGCUGCUGCUGUUGCUUGCGUGACUUGUAACGUACGUGACGCCGCACCAUCUCCCUCCUCUCUCCUCCCUUUGUGCAGUUGACAAGCCCCUUCGCGAGCAGGACUGUAACACAGAGCGAUAAUGGCUGUACCUCCCACCUACGUUGACCUUGGAAAGUCUGCCAAGGAUGUUUUUACCAAGGGAUAUGGCUUUGGGCUCAUCAAGCUGGACUUGAAAACAAAGUCUGAGAAUGGACUGGAGUUCACCAGCACAGGCUCAGCCAACACUGAGACCAGCAAGGUCGCUGGAUCCCUGGAGACCAAGUACAAGUGGGCGGAGCACGGCUUGACCUUCACAGAGAAGUGGAACACCGACAACACCCUGGGGACUGAGAUCACCCUUGAAGACCAGUUGGCUAAAGGGCUGAAGCUGACGUUUGAUUCCUCCUUCUCGCCAAACACUGGCAAGAAGAGCGGCAAGGUCAAGACAGGCUACAAGUGCGACCACAUCAACCUUGGCUGUGACGUCAACUACGACAUCAAUGGUACAGCCGUCCACGGUGCAGCAGUGGUGGGCUACGAGGGCUGGCUGGCCGGCUACCAGAUGACCUUCGAGGCUGGCAGGAACAGGGUCACCCAGAGCAACUUUGCGGUUGGAUACAAGACUGACGAGUUCCAGCUCCAUACGAAUGUAAAUGAUGGAACUGAAUUCGGUGGUUCCAUCUACCAGAAGGUGAAUGACCAGCUGGAGACAGCCGUCAACCUGGCCUGGACUGCCGGAAACAGCAACACCCGCUUUGGCAUUGCUGCCAAGUAUCAGAUUGAUCCUGAUGCAUCUUUCUCUGCCAAGGUGAACAACUCCAGCCUUGUUGGUCUGGGCUACACUCAGACUCUGAAGCCAGGCAUCAAGCUGACACUCUCUGCACUCCUGGAUGGCAAGAACAUCAACGCUGGUGGCCACAAACUUGGUCUCGGCCUCGAGUUCCAGGCAUAGGAGGGGGAGGCAGACGCUCCUCCAGUCCUCGUUCCACACACGCAUUCCCCACAAAAAAAAAAAAUCAAAAUCCUUUUAUUGAUUAGCUAGUUCUCACAAAAAUCCCUCUUUCCCCUAGACAUGCUACAGCUGGAAUCAAGACAGCAUAAAGGUCAAAUCGUUCUUGCAACGAUCUACCACUUUUAAAGGACCACAUUAAGGGAAAACUAUAUUUUCAAAAUAAAGAGCCAAAUUCAGAACAAAACUAUAACCAUGUAACAGAAAGUUUUUUUUCUUGAAUUGUGUAGCUUGCAAGGGAAAGUAGCCUGGAGUGCAUUCAUGUUGGCCUCACUCUUUGUCACUUCACUACAUUCAUGCACAAUGCUUUAAUUUGUGUGUGUCUCUGCUUUCCAAUGCAGAUAAAAGGGAAAGUAAAAACUACAUCAGCCCAAAACACAGAAAGGGCCCUACACAGUCAGCGUACAGUUGAUUAGUUACACCACCAGAUGGUGCUGUUGCAUAGCGCCACUAAGCACUCCUUGGUCAAAAGUUGUAAUAGUGAAAUAACAGUUUUAUUUUCACACUUCUGCACUGGAGAGCUCUUGUGUCUGUCUUGAUAUAUUAGACAUUGGGAAGGGUUAGUUGUCCCUGAUGUAAGCAGCUGUCAGUAGCUCUAAGAGGCACGACACCCCAAUGUGUACAUUCUGUGUUUUCGUCUCACUUGUUAUUUGUGUCUGUGCAUUUGGUGUGAAACAUGUCUUUUGUUACAUAUAGCAAAAAGAAUAUUAUUUUAUUGACAGUCUUGCAUAGUUUUAUCCACAUGUGAUAGCUUACGAAGGCAAAGACGUGGCAAUUCUUCCUGGUCGAGCUAACGAAAGGAAACUUAUCAGGCACUCUGAAUGAAGAAAAUGAUGAAAAUAAAUAAAUACAGUGGACAAGAAAUGGUAGUCUUCCAUAACUGGUUAUGGGAAUCAUGCAUAGUGUACUUGACAGUAUUGUUGUUCCCUGAAUUAAAUAAAGAACAUCUUGAACCAGU